AUGCGUAGCCGCUCACGUCGAUGGGACAAAGAGCUGUCUGGUAAAUUCCUUCGUCGGACGGCCAAACCGAAUUUGGAAAACGAACGGCAUCGUGAGAACUCCCUCCGUCUUUCCAUUCUUGAAGCGCGCAAUUUGCCCAGUAAACGUCGCUACUACUGUGAUAUUUGUUUGGAUCGUACAUUAUACGCGAGAACAACAAGCAAGACAGCCAGUUCAGGGAUUUUCUGGGCCGAGGAUUUUGAUCUGAACAAUCUACCCAACGUGUCUGUAAUGACUAUCAGCCUGUACAAAGAAGCAGACACCGGUGGCAAGGAGUUGCGUCGGUUUGGCACGACGCGGAUGAGUGCGAAAAAAUUACGGAAAUCGCAAAAUCAGCUGAUCGGUUUUGUCACUGUCCCCAUGACCGAAAUCUCCGGACGAAACGAUGUCCAAGUUUGGCUUACUCUUCAACCUCCGGUCGAUUCAAACACUCGUGAUAUGGCCCUAUUCCACUUGGCCUCUGCCGGGAUUGUACCGACCGCACACAACCCGAUGGAUGAUACCGCUCGCCUCGACGCGGCCAGCAUCCUACAAACAUCCAACUCAUUUGCAUCCCUGAAUGGAAAACAUUCGAUUGGCAAUCUAACCGGUUCCGAUCAACGCAGUAUGCCCCAGAUACGGAUUCGAGCUCGCUAUCGAUCGGUGGAUGUGCUACCGCAUCGGGAUUAUUGGGCUUUGAAAGCGUUCCUACUCGAGCACAGUUUGCUGUUAUCUGGUUGGCUGGAUACGGUACUACCUGUCAAAACCAAAGAAGAGGUGGCCAGCUCGUUAAUCGGAUUGCAUGAAUGCAACGGGACUCUGGUCGAUUUUCUCACGGACCUGGUGGUCAGUGAAGUUGCGCAAUUAGACAACGACUCCAUGGCAUUCCGUUCGAACACAAUGGCCACAAAAGCGGUCGAAUGCUUUGUGAAGCUUGUUGGCUCAACCUAUUUACACAAUCUGCUCUAUCGGAUUGUGCAAAAAGUGUUGGCCUGUCUGACCGCGUGGGAAGUCAAUCCGGAAAAAUUGCCCUCUUCCUCGCCCACGGGCGGCUCGCUUACCGUGUCCGAUACGGCUGCGUUUGCGAAAUCCAACGAGUUCGACUUGCCCAUGCGUCCGACCCCGGGCAGCCUGAAAGCGAAUCAAUUACAACUGUUGCACUAUUUGAAUGUGGUAUGGCGAGCCAUACAAGCCAGUUUGCCACGCUUUCCAAGCGCCCUCAUCCGAGUUUUCAGUUCAUUCCGAUCGGCUAUCGAACCGCAACGAGGUGCGGAAUUCUGUGACAACUUGAUCUCCGGUUGUAUAUUUCUUCGUCUCAUCUGUCCCGCCCUGUUGUCCCCAUCCCUGUUCGGUUUGGUCAGCGCGUUCCCGAGCGAGCCCUGGUGUCAGCGUAAUCUGACCCUGUUGGCCAAAUCAUUGCAAUCAUUGGCCAAUUUUACCGCAUUUGAUGAUAAGGAACCUUAUAUGCGAUUCCUUAACGGUUAUGUCUCAGCCCAGAUGCCCACAAUGCGCGCAUUUAUCCGGAACAUCUCGAACUGGUCCACAAUCACGGGACGUGCAGACGAUCCGGACACAGUGGAAGGAUUUCGGGAUGUGGUUGACGAGGGUUUCGAGCUGGCUAAUUUGCAUUUACUCCUGACAGAACAUUUCACCCAAACCGAUGAGAAUAACAAACCCAAUGGGGUUCCAAACGGUCCCAAUGGGGCCCCUGCAUAUCCAUCAUCGAUUCCUGCUCUUCCGGAACCCUUGACUCCGCUCCCGUGUAUUUUGGAUGAUUUAUCCAAACGCAUGGACUCCACCGAGGACGGAACAAUCGGGACAACUCGCAGUUUGACUCGAUACACCAAAAACGAUGCAUCGGCCGUGGGAUCCGUCACGGACCAAACUGACCGACAGCAUGCUACCCUACCCAGCAAGCACCGGGCACACGGGGAAGCACGAGCUACGACCAACUGUCUGGCCAGUCUGUUUCCACCGGACGGAUCGGUAAAGCCCCCGGUCACCGAGGUUUCGGCGUCGUCUAACAUGUACGCCUAUCAUUCGUCCAGUUCGAACAAUGCAAUCCCGUACUAUACAUUGCAUCAGAACCCUGGAUUUCAUCGCCCCUCGGAGAAUGGAUCGGGUCAUACGAGUAAAUCCAGUCGGUCCGGGGCAAUCAAUGUGUUGUCCGCCGAUCACCCCAAUCAGGCUAAUCCAAAUGAUUAUGACGAGCCGUAUGCCAGCAUGCAAUCGGACAGUGAUCGGGAAAGUGAAACGCAACUUGGCACAAAUGUGAACGGCCGGACACAUGUGGUGCCAGCAAACCAAGUAAGCAUUUGUGCUACCUGUAAGAUUGAUCCCUAG